AUGAAUGAUGAGGUUGAAGUUGGAAGUGAAGAAAAAGGGUAUUUAGGUUCUUACUACAAAGCAACUAUUCUUUACCCUGUUGGCACUUGUAGUGAUUACAGAGUCAAGUACAAGACUCUCGUGAGUGAUAACGAUCAAACCACUCCACUAGAGUGGUUUAUACGUGCCUCUGAGCUCCGUCCUAUUCCACCUGAAAUUCCACGUGAAACAAAGCCAAUGGAAACCUACGAUAUCGUUGAUGUGUAUGACAAUGAGGGCUGGUGGAUUGGGGUCAUAACUGCCAAAGUUGAACAAGAGUAUCGUGUCUAUUUUCCUACUACAAAGCAGGAGAUUGUGUAUUCUGCUGAUAAGUUGAGGUUUCAUCAAGAAUGGUCUGAUGGCGAGUGGAAAUUUCCUUCACUUGGUUAA